UGUGGUCACCUGCUAAAAGGGAAGGGGCUGAUUCUCAAAGGUAAAGGGUAAAGAUCAUUUCCCAGAACAUGUGCCAUGUGCCGUGUCCUCUUCAGUUCAGAUUCAGACACUAGUAAAUUGUUCUCCUGUUUCCUGAGAUACACCUAGAGAUGCACUUUUCACUUGGUGGAUUUAUUAGAAGAUGUCAUGUGUCCUCAUUUACAAUUGGCAGAAUGAUGAGAAGUCAAGAAGAUGAAUUCAUCACUGUAAGAGUUCAGGAUCCUCGUGUGAUGAAUGAGGGAUCCUGGAACUCGUAUGUGGACUUCAAGAUUUUUCUUCAUACCAACAGCAAGGCUUUCACAGCUAAAACCUCCUGUGUGCGUCGGCGAUAUAGUGAGUUUGUGUGGCUGAAGAGGAAACUGCAGAAGAAUGCUGGUCUGGUACCUGUUCCUAACCUGCCUGGAAAGUCUUUCAUCCACUUUAACAACACAGACUUCCUUGAAAAGCGGAGAGAGGGUUUACAGAGCUUCCUGGACAAGGUGGUGCACAUGACAGUAUGCCUGUCCGACAGCCAGCUCCAUCUUUUUCUGCAGACUCAGCUUCCUGUUGGUCACAUUCAAGACUGUGUGAAGGGUCACACUCCUUUCAGCGUGACUGACGCCAUCCUCACGUAUGCCUCGUCCAAUCGUGGCUGGGCUCAAGAAGAAGAAGAUGGGCCAAUAGAACCAUGCCCUGCACCAAUUUCUUAUGAAUCAAUUGAAAGCCCUUCUCCAAACAUCAUCUCUUUACAACAUCAAGAAGGAGCUGCAAAUGAUCCUGACUUAAACUCUGUUGAUUUAAGUGUGCAAGAAGACGACACAACUUUACAUAAUGUUGCUCAUAGAGAUGACCAGUUAGAAAGAAUAAAGGACAGGGAAAUUAAUGGACAUCUGGAGGUGGAGGUUCAUCAACACGUUGCUAUUUUGGACACCCAAAACACUAAUGAAGAACACGGUAUCUGUAUUCUGGAUGCACAAACACAAAUACAUGACAACACCAAGGACACAAAUGGUAAUGGAGUUGGAUAUGUGGUCUCGCAGGCACCCGCUGCAGGGGAUAAAUCUCAGCUGAACCAUGUAGCUAGUAAUAAAAAAUUGGUCGACUUUAUUUUCUAACCAUAUUUGCUGUUCUGGGGAGCAUAUUCUAAAUAAAAGAAAAUCUAUAUAAUGAUUUAAACUUAA